AUGGGGUCCGUUGCACAGGUGUGCUCCAGAGUGGAGCCGAUGCGUUUCCGAAGACAGCUGCCUCUUGACCUGACUGGUGACCAUGGCGAGCUUCUUGCUUUGAUUGAAUCAACCACUCUCUCCCAGGGCCAGGAUACGGUUUCGUGGCUCUUGGAGGAGAAUGGGAAUUACUCGGUGAAAUCCAUGUAUGCGCGAUUGUCGCGCGGGGCGACGAUCGCUCACUUCAAGGAUGUUUGGGCCGCUAAGAUCCCGCUAAAGAUCCGCAUCUUCUCCUGGCAGCUGGUGCUGGACCGCCUUCCUUCUAGCUCCAACAUCCUGUCCAGACAUGGCCCGGGUAAUGGAAAGUGCGCACUUUGCGGAGAGUUGGAGACUGCAGACCAUAUUUUCUUCGGUUGUUCUCUGGCAAGGUUCGCCUAG